UCAAACAGCGUGUUUAAAAUUCAACUACCCGGAAGACGUCGACCCCACUGGCUGUAGUGGUUGCAGUCAGUCAGUGAGUAACAACAUGUAGUGACUUCAUGUCGUUUCCAGUCGACUGACAAGGCCCCGUGUUUCGAGAGGAGGUGGAUUUGACAGAGACAGUCAGUAUGGCAGAUGGCUUUUUAAUGGAGGUGUGUGUAGACUCUGUGGAGUCUGCUGUCAAUGCUGAACGAGGAGGUGCAGGUAGACUUGAACUCUGUUCUAGUCUUUUGGAAGGAGGGCUCACUCCCAGUCUAGGUCUGCUUCAGAUAGUGAAGCAGUAUGUAAAAAUCCCAAUCUAUGUGAUGAUACGGCCUCGUGGGGGGGACUUCCUGUACUCAGACCAGGAAGUGGAGGUGAUGAGGAAGGAUAUAGAGCUAAUGAAGAUCCAUGGGGCCGAUGGACUAGUGCUGGGAGCCCUGACAGAGGAUGGACGGGUGGACGCAGAGCUUUGUAUGGAGCUCCUGGCUGCUGCUCGACCUUUGCCUGUCACCUUCCACAGAGCCUUUGACAUGGUUCAUGAUCCAACGGUUGCUCUGGAGACUCUGAUAUCAUUAGGGUUGCAGCGUGUGUUGACAAGUGGCUGUGACACAUCCGCUUUGGAGGGACUCCCACUCAUUAAACGGCUCAUUGAUCAAGCUAAAGGGAGAAUUGUCAUCAUGCCAGGAGGGGGUAUCACAGAGAGGAACCUGCAAAGAAUUUUGGAGGGGUCAGGGGCUCAAGAGUUUCACUGCUCAGCCCGCUCCAGUAAAGAUUCUGCCAUGAAGUUCAGAAACACCUGUGUGACGAUGGGAGCUGCUUUCUCAGCACCUGAGUAUGGCCUGAAGGUGGCAGAUGUGAGCAAAGUCCGCACUCUUAAUGCAAUAGCCAGAAAUACUUUGUGAAUGGGUACUGGACAAUCAUGACAGAAACAACAAAACGGGUACCUCAAAAGUGAUCAUGAGUAAUAUAUACUUAAAUGUUAUCAUUGAUUGUUGUUUUUUUUUGUUUAAUCAUUGAUCAGCCAGUCUUUGUAAAGUUAAGAGUUCAGGGACAGCCCUGCAACUGCUUGGGAUAUGCAGUCUAGCAAAAGUAUCUCACAGUGGAGAGUUGUAUACCCGUAUGUGGCCUCAGAAAUAAUGUAAAAAAUACUAAAUAGAUUGCUACAUUAAGAAAAAGCACUGAUCAGUGUUGUUGCUGUUUUCAAAACAGCAUUUUUUCUCAGUUGCCAUAUAGUUGAUCUACAUUUAUUUACAGUAGUGGAAGAUAAAGCGAAGCUGUGACCUCCUGUAAUAUUUUUAUUAGGACAGAAACGUGACUUCACUCAGUUUGUUAAGAAUUUAAUAAAAAA